UACGCAAGGGUGAGGCGCGGGGCGGGGCUCUGGUCACCCAGGCAACAAGCCGGAAGCCGCGGAUUGCCUUAAUCUGUGGCGCGCUCCUCGGAUCUGGAGUCUGAAAUUUUAGUCGCUGUGGAGGCAGCAGAGGGAAAACGACAAGAUGCCAAUGGUCAGAGUGAAUCGUUAUGGUCCCCAAGGAGGUGGCAGGAAAGUGCUGAAGGCAAAGAAGAAGAAAACUUCAGUGAAGCAAGAAUGGGAUAAUACUGUAAAUGAUCUAACAGUUCACCGAGCAACUCCUGAAGAUCUUAUACGACGUCAUGAAAUCCACAAGUCAAAGAAUAGAGCAUUAGUACACUGGGAACUUCAAGAAAAAGCUUUGAAGAGAAAAUGGAAGAAACAGAAACCAGAAACUUUGAAUCUCGAGAAAAGAAGAUUGUCUAUCAUGAAGGAGAUUCUUUCUGAUCAAUAUCAGAUGCAGGAUGUGUUGGAGAAAUCUGAUCAUUUGAUAGCUGAGGCAAAAGAUCUGUUUGUUGAUGUUCCUCGGAGACGCACAGGGUUUCCAAAUGUCACAAUGGCUCCUGAUUCCUCUGAGGGGCCCAUUGUGGUAAAUCAAGACCCUGUCAUCCAAUCUGUCAUAGAACCCCAGGCUCUUAAUGAAGUAGAUGAUGAUGGAGAAGAAGGCACUAUUAACAGCCAGUCAGAAGAAAGUGAGAACGAGUUGGAUAAUUCUCAAACUGCCAUGAAUACAGACAGUUCUAGGAGCCAGAAAUCCAAAGUCAGUUUCACUAGGCAGACAUUAAGGUUUCUCCACCAACUAAAGGAAGAAAAUUCUGAGUUUAUUAAUAAAUUGUGGACUGAUAUUCAGCAGAAAUUAGCAACACAGUCACAAGUAACAACUCCUCCAGGAUCUCCAUCAUCAGGGGAACCAAGAGCUGCUCUGAAUGCUACUAGUGCCGUCAAGAGAAUCCAAAGCAGGCUUCAGCCCGAGGAAUCUACUGAGACUGUAGGCUCAAGCAUGGUGGUGGGACAGGUGCUGAACUCAAGGAAGCAAAAACAGCUGCUAAAUAAAGUGAAAAGAAAACCAGAUCUGCAUACUCCUAAGCAAAAGGAAAACAUGUUAUCAGCUAGCACAACCUCUGCAGACAUACCAGGUAGCAACAGUGCCAGCCUGGAUAUCCUUAAACACAUGAUACAUGAAGUGGAACAUGAAAUGGAAGAAUAUGAGCGGUGGACAGGACGUGAGGUCAAGGGACUGCAGAGUGGUCAGGGUCUCACAGGCUUCACUUUGUCGCUGGUGAGCUCUCUCUGUCGCCUAGUUCGAUACCUUAAAGAGAGUGAGCUUCAAUUACGUAAAGAAGUAGAGACAAGGCAGCAACUAGAACAGAUAUUAGGAGAUCAUCGAGAGCUCAUUGAUGCUCUGACUGCUGAAAUUCUUCUUCUUAGAGAAGAAAAUUCUACCACACAGGCAAGACUUCAGCAGUACAUGGUCACAACAGAUGAGCAGCUUAUAUCACUCACACAUGCCAUUAAGAAUUGUCCUGUGAUUAAUAACUCUAGACAAGAAAGUCAAGUAACAGAAAGAGGAGCCACGAGUAGAAUGAUUAUAGAAAAUUCAGAGUGUCCUGUCAGUGCCAGUGCCUCUGUGCCAUUGAUGUUCAGAGUAGAAGAAGGAGCUGAGCUACCACAGGAAGAGUUACCUGUUAAACUGUCUCAAGUCCCAAAUGCCCCAGGUAGUAUGAACAUGGCCAAUAAUUUGCCAACCCAUAUUUAUGAGCCAGCUGUGUUGUUAACACCACCCAGGCAGAAGACCAGCUCAGAAUUCUCUCCUCUGCAGGAUGUGUUGAGGAGGACUGUUCAAACUCGUCCAGCUCCACGAAUUCCUCCAACUGUAGAAGUAAUUGAGAAGGAACAAAAUUGGGAAAAGAAAAUGUUACCUAUUGAUAUAGACAAUCAGAAUUCAAAUGAAGAGAGUCGUCUCUUCACUCAGAGGUGGAGAGUCUCUCACAUGGGAGAAGAUUUAGAGAACAAAAUUCAGACACCAUUUGUUAAUCUCUCACAGCCACUGUCAAGUUCCCAUCCUACUACUCAACAGUUGAGAAAUCCUCCAUUCUCAGAAGAGUUCCCUAUCCUUGGAGAUGGGCAACAAUUUCAAUCAAAUGAGACAUUGACACAAAGAAAGGACAUAAUGGCCCGAAUUGCUGAGUUGACACUUCAGAAUUCAGCCAUCAAGGCACAUCUGAAUAACAUUACUGUGUCUGGGGGAGAACAAGGCGAUGGGCUGCGGGAGCUGAACAAGCAGGAAAGUGCUGGGGAUGCUGCUGCUUGUCCAGUAGCACAAUCCCUAGCACCAAGUAGCAUGGAGGAACGGAUUGCAGAAUUGAAUCGACAGAGUAUGGAGGCUCGAGAGAAACUACUACAAUUGAUAGAGCAGCAAAAACUUGUUGGUUUGAACCUCUCCUCUUCUCCAGUGUUGCCAGUUCAGGCACCUCUUAGAGCAUGGCCUGAAGGAGGAAAGCGAACAAUUGAGGUAUCUAUUCCAGGAGCAGAAGUUCUAGGAAGCUCAAAGUGCAGUCCUGUCUCUCCUGUCAGUGCGAUAAAUACAAGAAGGUCUUCAGGAGCUAGUAGUAAUUCUUGUUCUCCAUUAAAUGCCACAUCAGGAAGUGGGAAAUUCACACCUCUUAAUCCAAGAACAAAGGUUUUCACGUCCAAUCGAAUCAUUGACUUUUACGUCCUUCGGACUAAAUCGUAA